AUGCAAAAUAAGCUUAUUUCACCCAUGGCAUUCAACAGAAACAAGCAACGUAGGCCACCACUUUCUGGUGAGACAAUCCGCCUUGGUGAAUUCUCGCACUCGUGUGGCAGCCUUGCUGUUGUUAAAUUGACUUGUAAAAGCAUUCCAUAUCCCAGCUCACCCGUUCUGGUGAACAAGAAGCCAGUUGGAAAAAUUGACGAAAUUUUUGGUAUUUUGGAUGACUCAUAUGCCAGCAUAGAACUCACUGACGCAUCCUAUCUACAGAAAGGCGUACAAUUUGAUGGUCAUAAAGAGAAGUUCAUGCCCAAGGAGAGACUUGUUCCGAGAGAGGAGACUAUCAAAAAGAAGGAGAAAGAGGACAAGGCAUCAAAACAAGGUGGAUUCAUCAAGAAACCAAGGGGCAAAAAAGAAUUCAAGUCACAGAAGUUCGCUCGAAUCAAGAAGCAGAUGAAGAAGUACUAA